AAAAGUCCUCACAGCUGCUGCUGUUUGGUGUCGCUGCUGUUUGGUUUGGUGUCGCUGGUUCUGGUCAGUGGUGAUUUUAGGACAGUAUGGCGCUGCUCACCAGGUUCACCUGCAGGGCUCAGUCGCUGCAAAGCUGUAUCUGUCAGACCCGGUUGUUUGGAAAUGGAACAGCUGCCUUGUUGCAGAGCAGUGAAAAAACUGCUCCACAGUCCCGCUUCUUUCCCAUCUGUGAACAGCCGAUGCUGCUGCCUGGGAGUUUUAAAAACAAGGUGGCCUUCAUCACUGGAGGAGGGACAGGGCUGGGAAAGGGCAUGACCACCACGCUGUCUUCUCUCGGUGCGGAGUGUGUUAUAGCCAGCAGAAGUUUGGAUGUUUUGAAGCAAACUGCAGAGGAAAUCUCAAAGAAGACUGGCAAUAAGGUUCAUGCUGUGCAGUGUAAUGUGAGGGACCCAGCCUCUGUAAAGGCUGCUGUGGACCAGGUGGUCAAUGAUGUUGGACUCCCUGAUGUGGUGAUCAACAAUGCUGCAGGAAAUUUCAUCUCCCCCACUGAACGGCUCUCUGCCAAUGCCUGGAAGACCAUAACCGACAUUGUUCUGAACGGCACAGCUCUCGUCACCCUCGACAUUGGGAAGCGUCUCAUCAAAGCGGAGAAAGGUGCAGCGUUUUUGGCCAUCACCACAAUCUAUGCUGAGAGUGGCUCUGGGUUUGUUGUGCCCAGUGCAUCUGCCAAGGCAGGAGUUGAUGCCCUUUGCAAGUCUCUGGCAGCCGAGUGGGGAAGAUAUGGCAUGAGAUUCAAUGUUAUUCAGCCGGGGCCAAUCAAAACCAAGGGGGCUUUCAGCCGCUUGGAUCCCACUGGCAAGUUCGAGGAGACGAUGACUGAUAGGAUACCGGUGGGUCGACUCGGUACUGCAGGAGAGAUUGCCAACCUAGCUGCCUACCUCUGCAGUGACUAUGCCAGCUGGGUGUCGGGUGCGGUCAUCAGAAUGGAUGGUGGUGAAUAUGUGCUCAUGUCGGGUGAAUUUAAUGAAAUGAGAGCCGUCACAAAAGAGCAGUGGGAUGUGAUGGAAGACCUGAUCAGGAAAACAAAGGGAUCGUAAAGGCUCUUAAGAAUGGAGCUGAGUUCAGUGCCUGUGAACACAUUUUAUAUACAUACGUCUCCACAUCAGUUCAUUUCAUUCAUGCUUAUUCCACGCAAGAUGACGAUCACAUGAUUAAACGUAUAUCGAACAAGCUAACAGUACUCUCUCAAUCAGCAUUAUGUUGGGAAACUUUUUGUAUUUUGGUACUUUAGGUCUCAUUUAUAUGGUUGUGUAUUUUUGCCUGCUGUUUCUCAGACUGUAUUUGAAAAUGGCCUUUUUUAGAAAACUUAGUUCUGAAAGUGCUUAGUUAAAUUUAAUUAUAAUUAAGAUUAGCAAGUUUAGUUUGAUAGAUGAUUUAAAGACUUGCACUGAAUGUAGUUUGUAGGAGAACUGCCAAAUCUAAUGCUGAAAAUGUCUCUACUUUUCGUAUCUACAUGUAGAAAGUGAAAUGUAAAUAAACGUUUAGAGAGUUAUGAAUGUAAAAUGAAUAAAAUGCAAAUAUUUCUAGCAGCCCAGCUUCACCUCAACUCACCGUUUUCAAAGCAAUAAAUACAUAAUCAAAUAUUGGUUCAGUGUGAGUAGAACUUUUUUUUUGUUUUGAAAGUUGAUUGUACAAAUAAUAGUACGUACAAAAUGGUGGUGUAGCCCUUUUUUAACACAUUUUUAUAUCAUUAACCUCAGAAGGGAACAGUUAAGCAACAUGUGUCUUGUUCGUGCUGAUGAGGUUGUUUAUAUAUAUAUAUAUAUAUAUAUAUAUAUAUAUAUAUAUAUAUGUAUGUGUCAUAUUCUUCCAAAUCAGUGCCAUUUCUCUCCCCAGGAAAUUACAUGUUUAAAUGUGCACACAAAAUAACUUUAAAAUACAUUUUAUUAUUAACCAUAGUGUCUUGUACAUUGACCUUAUUGCAAAAGUAAGAUAUGUAAAUAAAUAUGUAAACUUAGAACACUGAAAGAAUAGCAUUUGUUACCUGCCCCCACUCUCUAACUGUAAACUUUACCAUGGAAUAUAAUUAUUAAAAUCCUUCAGAGAUUUUUUUUUUCUGCAAUUUUUUACUCCAAAUCGCAUCUAUGCUUUAAAAAUAUAUUUUUCAUAAUAAAUCAAUAAUAUUUAAUUUAAAAUACACAUUUUACUUGUGUCCCUGGGUUUCAGUCUACAACAGGAAGUUACAUCAGCUGGUUCUUCUGAAGAUCACAGGAAAACCAAAGUUAAGUUCCCUCAUUAUUUUUUUCUGUAUAUCUGAUCUUAUUGUAACUGUGACUGAGGAGGUCAGUUUUAACACUCUGUGCUGUUACCUAAAUUAAUUCUUAGAUAUUAUUUGUUUAUUUUAAAGUACAUUU